AUGGCGGCUGACGAGAGAAAUCUCACGAUAAGACGCGGCCAAUUAAAAGGCACGGUUACGAGAUUCUUGACUUACCUACAAAGUGAAGAAUUGGAUCCAAAUCAAGUAUCAUUAAGAAGGGAAAAAAUCGAAGAAGUUUGGCAUGAAUUUGACCAAAUUCAAACGGCACUUGAAUUGACGGAGAAUUUAAACGAAAGCACGGCGUACCGUAAGGAGUUCGAAGAUCUAUACUUUAAGGCUAUAGUAGAAGCAAAUAAAAUUGUAUCACUAGGAAUGGUAAAGGAGACUACCUCUGAACGAGGAAGUAUGGCGAUAGCGAGCGAAAGAAGUACAGGGAGAAACAGUAUGGCGCCUCAAGUGAAAUUAGCAGCAUUAAAAGUACCUGUUUUUAAUGGGGAUUAUUUAGAAUGGGCGUCGUUUUAUGAUACAUUUACGGCAUUGGUACAUACACACCCGGACCUAUUGCCCGUAUCGAAGUUUUUUCAUUUGCGCGAAGCGCUAUCAGGAGAGGCGUUGAACUCGAUAAGAAGUUUGGAGACCACAGCAAAUAAUUAUGAAAAAGCGUGGAGCAUUCUGUGUGCUAGGUAUAAUAAUAAAAAAGUGCGAAUUCAAGCUCAUGUGCGGGCAAUAUUUGAUUUGGAUGCGCUGCAGAGUGACUCGGCAAUAAAACUUAGGUAUUUUUUCGAUGCGUUGUCAGGUCACAUGCGAGCUCUAGAGGCGUUAGAGCAAGAACCGGAAAGUUGGGGGCCGUUAUUAAUGCACUUAAUUAGUACCAAAUUAGACAAAAAAACGUUACAAGAGUGGGAGGCGGGCAGCCCUAAAGACAGGAUUGCUGAAGUUUCAGAGAUAAUGCAAUUUCUGGAAAAUCGAUUUAAAAUAUUAGAAGCCAUCGAAUCAGCGAAAAACGUACAUAGUAGUACGCGAGGUGCUAUUAGUAACGGAUCGACAGGGCAAGGCAAAUCGAACAAAUAUAAUAAUCAAUUUUCGUCUUUAAUGAUAAGUGCGGGUUUAAAGUGUUACGUGUGUCAGUUGCCGCACACUAUCUAUAAAUGUCCAACGUUAAUUGCUUUACCGAUAAAAGAGAGAAUAAAUAAAGUAACUGAAUUAAAAUUAUGUAAGAUUUGUUUACGUCAGCACGAAAAUAAAAAGUGCUUUGCGAAAUAUUGCUUCAAGUGUUCGAAGCCGCAUAAUACAUUGUUGCAUUUAGCGCAAAUUAAAAAUGCAGAACAAGGUAACAAAAAUUCAACUGAAAAUGCAGAAGAGAGCACGUCGGCGGCAUCGUCAUCAAUAAGUGCGCAUACGCUGGUACAAAAUGACGAACAGGUAUUAUUAUCAACAGCGGUGGUGCAUAUACACAAUGCUAGCGGUGAAAACGUCGAAUGCCGUAUAUUGUUAGAUUCCGGCUCACAGUGUAAUUUAAUUACCGAAAAUAUGGUUCAAAAUAUAAGAUUAAAAAGGUAUCAAGUGCAGCACACAGUAAUGGGUAUCGGUGGGAUAACACAACCGGUUACGCGGGCUGUAAAUGUUUCAAUUACAUCGCGAUAUAAUAGUUUCAAUUUAAUAUUGACCUGCCUAGUGGUACAAAAGAUCACACAUUGUAUGCCUAAUAAUGAGGUUGAAAAUUGCGUAGCUCCCAAUGAUAUAAAUCUCGCGGACCCGUUAUUUAGACGUCCGCAAAAAAUAGAUUUGUUACUAGGGAACAAACAUUUCUUUGAAAUAAUAUGUACCGGCCAAAUUAAACAGCACGUGGCCGGACCGAUAUUUCAGGAAACACGUUUCGGCUGGGUGGUAGCUGGACCGGUCUUAAGAAAGAGCUGUAAGGAUACCAAGAACGUAAGUAGCGUAACACACACGACAGCGUGUGUGGAAAAUGACACGCAUUUUGAAAAUUUGGUAUCAAAGUUUUGGCGUAUAGAAAAAUUGGAGACGGACCCACCUUUAACAUUAGAAGAAAAAAUGUGUAGGAGUCAUUUUGACAAAACAGUCCAACGGGACAAAACCGGACGUUUUAUUAUCCGUUUGCCGUUUAAAAAUACAAAUAACGCGUCCGCAUUAGGAAAAUCGUAUCAGAUCGCAAGGCGGCGAUGGGCGGCGACCGAGAAUAGACUCCGAAAUAAUAUACCUCUACGCGAAGCAUAUACGCAAUUUAUGCACGAAUAUGAAGCGUUAGGCCAUAUGGAACGGGUAAUUGAAAAAGAGGACGAGGAAAAUAAAAAGAGUUGCUAUUUGCCACAUCACGCGGUUAUAAAUGAAAAUAGUACGACGACCAAGGUGAGGGUGGUGUUUGACGCGUCCUGUAAGACAGAAUCUGGCAACAGCUUGAACGAUUUAUUAUUAAAAGGGCCCGUUUUGCAGGACGAACUAUUAUACAUAUUAGCGCGUUUCCGUACCUAUAAUUAUGUCUUAUCAGCUGACAUUACAAAAAUGUACCGACAAAUUAAAGUAGCUAACGAAGAUUGUAACUAUCAGCGGAUAUUGUGGCGAGCCGAUCCAAAAAUGCCAAUACAAGUUUAUCGUCUUACCACAUUAACUUACGGUACAGUACCUGCAGCUUUCAUAGCAACAGCUUGUUUAGAAAAAUUGGCUGAGACAGGAAACGAUUACCUACGUGCACGUGAAUCCAUAAAAAGGGAUUUUUAUAUGGAUGACUAUUUGAGUGGCGCGUCAACAAAAGAAGAAGCUAUAAGGUUAAAACAUGAAGUACUGUCAAUAUUAGAGCAAGCGGGUUUCGAGCUACGGAAGUGGUCGUCCAAUGACCCUAGUAUUAUAAAUAGUAAUAUGUCGGUCGGUGACAAAGGUGCGGGUAACGACGUGCGUGUUUUCGAUUGUGCGAUAACAAAAAUACUAGGCCUAUUCUGGGAACCGAGCGACGACGUAUUACGGUAUAAAGUAAGCGAAUACGUUGAAAAUACGGAAAUUAUUAACAAACGAAAAAUACUGUCCGAAAUAGCUACAAUAUUCGACCCCCUCGGUUUAGUAGGUCCAGUGGUAGUAGUAGCUAAAUUAUUUAUGCAAAAUUUAUGGCAGUUACGUGUAAACUGGGACGAACAAUUACCGAAAGACGUAUCCGACGAAUGGCUACAAUACAAAAAAUGUUUACCGCGACUAAAUAAACUAGUAAUUCCGCAUAUGAUUAUUAGUAAACAUAAAAUCAUAAAUAUCCAAAUUCAUGGAUUUGCUGAUGCAUCGACAAAAGCUUAUGGCGCAUGUUUGUAUUUACGUAGUACGGACGAAGUAGGUACACAUACAGUGAGACUUAUAUGCGCCAAAUCUAAGGUCGCACCGUUAAAAACGAUAUCAUUACCGAGACUAGAACUAUGUGCUGCGUUACUAUUGGCGCGUAUGCAGCAUCGUGUAAUUCCAAAAUUACGACUAGAAAUAGAGAGAAAAUAUUUUUGGUCGGAUUCUACUAUUACUCUUGCUUGGAUCUCGUCACCGUCCACCAGGUGGAAAACAUUUGUUGCCCACAGGGUUGGAGAGAUUCAGGAUUUAUCCUGCACUAGUGAGUGGUCCCACGUUAGUACACACGACAAUCCAGCUGACUUAAUAUCGCGCGGGUGUGAUGCGUCACAAAUUGCGGCUAUGGAAUUAUGGUGGUAUGGCCCGAAGUGGUUGUGUUUAAAUAAAGAGGAUUGGCCGGCAAAAAAUGAGGUUUUACACCAUCAAUUAAAUGGUAAAAAUAUUCCUGAAAAACAAAACGUUAUAGAAUUUUCCGGUAUUACCACGGAUACAUUUUCUAUAUUUGACAAGUAUUCGUCGUUGAAUAAAAUAAUACGAAUUACCGCCUAUUGCGUGCGUUUUUAUAAUAAAAUAAAAGAACCAAAAAGAGCAGAGUGCGGAGUUUUAACAACAACUGAUUUACAUAAUGCAAAUUUGCGACUUUUAAUUAAAGUACAAAAGGACCAUUUUGAAAAGGAGUUAAAUGAAUUAAAUUCGGAAAAUGGUCAGGUAUCGUCGAAAAGCAAGUUAUUCAGAUUGAGACCGUUUCUCGACGAAGAGGGAUUAAUCCGUGUGGGCGGGCGGCUAAAAAAUGCGUUAUCAUUAGGCAUUUUUCAAAAGCACCCCAUAUUAUUACCAAAAGAGUCCGCGUAUACAAAUUUGUUGUUUCAACGGGAGCAUGAACAGUUAUUACACGGGGGUCCACAAGCAAUGUUAGCGUCGAUCCGGCUGCAAUAUUGGCCACUUAAUGCCCGGAAUAUAGCUCGAAAGACCGUGUACCGUUGUGUGAAAUGUUUUCGAAUGAAGCCUACCGUGGUACAACCAAUCAUGGGUAAUUUACCUAGAGAGCGUGUAGAAAUCCAAUCUCGUGCAUUUCAAAUCUGCGGUGUCGAUUUCGCGGGGCCUAUAAUGGUAAAACAGAGUUUAAGGCGAAAUGCACCCGCGACAAAAGGGGUAGAAGCGUGUUUAAAUUCUCGGCCUUUAACGGCUUUGUCCUCGGAUCCUUCCGAUUUAUUAUACAUCACUCCAGCUCAUUUCCUAAUCGGAGACUCCCUAAUGUCUAUACCGGAGCGGGAUGAAACAAAUACUCAGGUAAACCGGUUAGACCGUUGGCGUCGCGUUCAACAAUUCUCACAAAUUUUGUGGAAACGUUGGAGUCGAGAGUAUUUGCAUCAAUUGCAAGAGAGGUCAAGAUGGGCUAGUGAAAAGGGACCCAAAGUGGAUAUCGGCAGUGUAGUUUUAAUUAGUGAAGAUAAUCUGCCACCCUUACGGUGGAAAAUCGGACGAGUGAGAGAGGUGACACGGGGAAGUGACAACAUCAUUCGUACCGCGGUAGUAAAAACGGUUGAUGGCGAGUUAACCAGGGCAGUGCGUAAGCUGUGUCCACUACCAUUCGAAGGCAAUGAUGGUUAA